UGAGGAAAUGCAGCAGAGACGAAGUGCUGUGUGACUGUUAGUGAGAGACAAAGAUGGAACUGAAGCUGCAGCUCGGUAUCUUCAUGUUAUUCAUACAAGUUUCACUUGCGGUGUGGCAGCGUAAGACUGUGAUGAAAGGUCAGACACUCGAGUUACACUGCCCCAUUACAGACGCUCAUAAAACCAGUGUGGAAUGGAGGAACCCUGAUGGACAUUUAAUGUUCUUCAAUCAUGAUAAAGGUGAAGUUUUGAAGGACAAGCGCUACAGCAUCAUCAAACUGUCGGAGUCAGAAUUCAACAUCGCUAUUUCCGAUGUCACCUUCAAAGAUGGAGGCAACUACACAUGCACUCAGUAUGACACCCACACAAAAGAGAAGAAGGUGGAGGUGACAGUGUUAGGUCGUCCCAUAAUGACAGAAACAGAGGAUGCAGGGAAGUGUGUCGUAAAAUGCACUGCUGAGGGGAACCACUAUCUUCCCCAGAUAUCCUGGAAAUUGGAUAACGGGCCUGAAUUUCUUACUCAUGGUUCCCAAAUCCUACUUGAAGAUAGAAAAUAUGUCUCCUCGGAUACGUUAUAUUUUCUCUCAGUGGACACCAGAGUCACCGUGAAAUGCCUUGUUCGGCAUCCAUCUCGGGACUCACCUCUGAUGAACUUUGUCAAAAUUGGACGAGACUCAACAAAGUCCACAACCAUGAUUAGUCCACCCACAUCUCAGCCUCAAGGGUCAACAGAGGUGCUGAAGACAACAACCCGCUGGUUCAGACAUGGAAAAACAACAGGGUACUUCACCACCAGAGAUGUGCCUGGGCCUUCACCAGAGAGCUUCUCAGGCUCACAUCUCAGCACUAGUGAGGCCCCAAGAACCUCUGUGUUAUCAGACUCAACCAGGACUAGGAAUGAAAGCAUCAGUAAUGCAACAAGCACAACAGACUGGACGUCUGUCUCUGAAACAACAAAUGAGACCACAUUCUAUAACCAUACGGAGGGAAACAGAACAGUGAGCUCUAAUGACCAAGAGAUGCGGAUAGCAAAGAGAGGAAGUUCCUCAUUACUGGUCUUCCUGGUGACAUGCCUGAUCUUUGCUCUUCUGGUAGUGGUCCUUUUUUUUGCCAUCAAGCUAAGAAGAGCACACAUCACCUGGAAGAAAGUUUUUAUUGUUACAGAAAAUGAAGACUCUGAUCCGUCAGAGGAGAGCAGUAAAUCAAAAUCAAGCCAGGAAGAGAAAAACGCCCAAGGACAAAGGCGAAGAGGACUCUUCAACACGGCAUUCACACAGUACGUUGUUGAAGAACCAACAGGGAUAACUUCAGUUAUAAAUACAGGUGCGACGACAGCAACACAGAGUACAAAUAAAGAGCAGACUUCUCAACCUCAAACCCAGGCACAAACCUCAGCCAAACAUGACAUAAAGGAGACAGAACUGUAGCAGUCACAUACAGAAUCUCUAAUAUCAGCAACACCAUCAGCACCAUGUUCUCAGAAUAUGCUGAUUAGCUAUUUUAUUGGACUUGUUACAUAGAGUGUAUGUUUAGACAGAAAAGAAUGUGGUAACACAUUGGUUAUAACUGUAAUACUGUACUGUAUAAAUACUGUAUAAAUUGUGUUUAAAUGUGAGAAUAAAGUAUAUUUUGCUAUAACAUGAUGGCAUACUUUAUUUGAAUGUGAUGCGAGAUGAUUUAAGGAAAGUAAAAGUGAUG